AUGGGCAACCUCACAGAGCAGGGCAGCAGCAAUGGUGUGGGGCAAGGGCUGGCAGUGCGGGCAGUGACUGGCUGCUUGCUUUUCCUCCUCAUUCUCUCCACGCUGCUGGGGAACACCCUGGUGUGCCUGGCGGUGAUGAAGUUCCGGCACCUGCGCUCCAAAGUCACCAACUUCUUUGUCAUCUCGCUGGCGGUGUCCGACCUGUUUGUGGCGGUGCUGGUGAUGCCCUGGAAAGCCUUGAGCGAGGUGGCUGGCCACUGGCUCUUUGGCCCCUUCUGCGACACCUGGAUCGCCUUCGACAUCAUGUGCUCGACCGCCUCCAUCCUCAACCUGUGCAUCAUCAGCCUGGACAGAUACUGGGCCAUUGCCAGCCCAUUCCGAUAUGAGCGCAAGAUGACCCAGAGGGUGGCUUCGGUGAUGAUCGGGGUGGCAUGGACACUAUCCAUCCUCAUCUCCUUCAUCCCAGUGCAGCUGAACUGGCACAGGGCAGGAGCAGAGCUGCUACAGGACAGGGCCAACAGCAUGGCCGGCUGUAACUCCAGCCUCAACAAGACCUACGCCAUCUCAUCCUCCCUGAUCAGCUUCUACAUCCCGGUGGUAAUCAUGGUGGGCACUUACACCCGCAUCUACCGCAUCGCCCAGACCCAGAUUCGCAGGAUCUCGUCCCUGGAGAGGGCGGUGGAACAUGCCCAGAGCUGCCAGGAGCAGACAGCAGACUGCCCGCACGAAGCUGCCCUGAAAAGCUCCUUCAAGAAGGAGACCAAGGUGCUGAAGACCCUGUCUAUCAUCAUGGGGGUCUUCGUCUUCUGCUGGCUGCCUUUCUUCGUGCUGAACUGCAUGGUGCCCUUCUGUGCCCCAGCCCUGGCUCAAGCAGGGCAGGGUCCCUGUGUCAGCGACACCACCUUCAACAUUUUUGUCUGGUUCGGCUGGGCCAACUCGUCUCUGAACCCGGUCAUCUACGCCUUCAACGCAGACUUCAGGAAGGCCUUCACCAGCAUCCUGGGCUGCGCUCGCCUCUGCCCCAGCAACGCGGUGGAGCCGGUCAACUUCAGCAACGAGCUGGUCUCUUACCACCACGAUGACACCACGCUGCAGAAAGAGCCCCGUGCCGGCUCAGCGGGGGCUAACCCGGGCAUCCUCCCCAACCAGCUGCCGCCCUCCCUCAGCGAGCCCUUCGACAAAGUCUCCAGCAUCUCCUCGGUCCCCAGCGCCAGCAGCAGCUACAGGGGCCCCAGGGAGCAGAACCUGCUGCUGCCGGGGGGGCUGCCGUACGACGGCGAGGCCGAGAUCAGCCUGGACACUAUCACAGCGGUUUACCGCUGA